AUGGAGCGCUCAGGGUCCGGGGUUCUCUCCAGAAGCAGGGCCAAGACUGUUACCAACGGCAACAGCCAGCACUCAGAGGAGGAGAGCAGUGAUGAAGAACACACACAUGAGAGUAUGAUCCGUGUUGGUGGAGAUUACCAGGCUCAGAUCCCAGAGUUCAAACCCGACAGUUUGGCCUACACUGAGAAAGACCAGCGGAGUAUGCUGGUCUGGACUCCCAGCAGUCAAGUGUCUGAUGCCAUGUUGGAUGAAUAUAUCCUGAUGGCCAAAGAGAAGCACGGUUACAACAUGGAGCAGGCUCUUGGCAUGCUACUGUGGCACAAACACGACGUGGAGAAGUCUCUCGCGGACUUGGCCAACUUCACGCCGUUCCCAGAUGAAUGGACAGUGGAGGACAAAGUGUUGUUUGAGCAAGCCUUCAGCUUUCAUGGGAAGAGCUUCCACCGCAUUCAGCAGAUGCUGCCCGAUAAGCUGAUUUCCAGCCUAGUGAAGUAUUACUACUCCUGGAAAAAGACAAGGACUCGCACCAGCGUCAUGGAUCGACAGGCACGCAAACUUGUCAGCAAGAGAGAGAAAGAGGACAGUAACGACGAGAUGGAGGAGGGCGAUCCUGGCAGCGACAGCGACUUUGAGAUCGAUGCCAAGAAAGAGCCGAACAAGCAGAGCUCUGGCAACGGAGGAGUAGUAGUAGGAGGAGGAGGAGGAGGAACGGGAGGCGGCAGCGAGAGGGGGCCGGGGAGGUGCGGCCCGACUCGGAAGGAGAACCAGGGAGCUCAGUAUCGGCACCACCCGUUGAGGGCGCGACGCAGACCCCCGAAGGGCAUGCACCUGGACCAGGACGACCUCCUCACCGUCUCUGCCACCACAGACUCGGGCACCGUGGCCAACCGCCAACUGGACACGCAGCUCGUGUCUCUCAAACGACAGGUUCAAAGCAUCAAGCAAAACAACAGCCUUUUGAAGCAGAAACUGAGGGACGGGAUUGACACUGCGAGACCCACCGAGCCCACUCCUAAGAUCAACUCCCGCUGGACCACAGAGGAGCAGCUCCUGGCUGUGCAGGCUAUCAGGCGCUACGGGAAGGACCUGGCGGCCAUCGCUGAGGUGAUUGGGAAUAAGACCGUGGCUCAGGUCAGCUCCUUCUUCGUCAGCUAUCGACGACGCUUCAACCUGGAGGAGGUGCUUAGGGAGUGGCAGGCCGAGCAGGAGGUGCUCCAGGGGCACGCCGGGAGCCCAGAGGGCAUGAAGGAGCUAAACGGAACGGGAGGAAUGGAGGAAGACGAGAUGAAGACAGAUGGCGUCUCUCCACCACAGUCGAGCAGUCCCCCUCCCUCAUCUGGUGCCAGUACUCCCAGUAACUCCAGUUCUACUCAAACCCCUCCUCCUCUUACGCAGCCGCCCCCUUUGUUGCGUCCCGCGCCUCCCUCCGCGCCCCCUAGCCUGCUCCGCCAACCCCCUCCCCUCCAAACGCGACCGCUUCAAAACCGCACACCUCACAACCACCCUCCGCCCCCUCUCAUUAGACCCGCAGUGGCGUCCUCCCUCCACCAGGGGGGGCUGAGAAACUCCCUGAGCUCUUCCACUGGGCAACUGCCUCCAUCCCUGGUGGGGCUGAAGGUGGAGGCACCUCACUCGCACUAG